GAGGAAAGACACCUAAAAAAAAACAAAACAAACAUUUUGUCUUUAAAAAAAUUUAAAGGCGUCCAGCAGGAGAAAACUGAGAGACUAAUUUGGAAGUCGCGGGUUUAAGUUCAUGCUGAAGUCGAGUCUGUCCUAACGUUAACAGGUUUAGUUGCUGGGUUAACGUGAAGUCAGUUAACUGAACGUUGGAUUCGGUUUUAACGAACAUGCCGUCCCGUGUUGAGGACUACGAGGUGUUGUACACUAUAGGCGCAGGUUCCUAUGGAAGAUGCCAGAAAAUAAAACGGAAAUCUGACGGGAAAAUCCUAGUGUGGAAGGAGCUGGACUAUGGCACCAUGGCGGAGAAUGAAAAGCAGAUGCUGGUGUCAGAGGUGAACCUCCUGAGGGAGCUCAAGCACCCAAACAUAGUGAGGUACUACGACCGGAUCAUAGACCGUACCAACACCAUGCUGUAUAUUGUCAUGGAGUACUGCGAGGGUGGGGACCUGUCCAGCCUAAUCAGUCGCUGCAUCAAAGAAAGGCGUUAUUUAGAGGAGCAGUUCAUCCUGCGAGUCAUGGCACAGCUCACGUUAGCCCUGAAGGAGUGCCACAGACGCAGCGAUGGUCGGGCCACGGUUCUUCAUCGAGACCUGAAACCAGCCAACAUCUUCCUCGACAUCAGACAGAACGUUAAGCUCGGUGACUUUGGCCUAGCGAGAAUCUUAAAUCAUGACACCAGUUUCGCAAAGACGUUUGUAGGGACACCUUACUAUAUGUCUCCAGAACAAAUAAACCGGAUGUCAUACAACGAGAAGUCAGAUAUUUGGUCACUGGGAUGUUUGCUGUAUGAACUCUGUGCAUUAUCCCCUCCAUUUACUGCUUACAACCAGAAACAGCUGGCAGAGAGGAUCAGAGAGGGAAAGUUCAGAAGAAUCCCAUACCGAUACUCUGAGGAACUGAAUAGCUUACUCGGCAAAAUGCUCAACCUAAAGGACUAUCUGAGGCCCUCUGUGGAGUCUAUUCUCCAGAGCAGCCUGUUGGCUGACGCGGUUGCUGAGGAGCAGAGGAGGGCAGAGGUGCGGCUGCAAAGGAAGUCGGCCGACUCUGACUGUCCCCUACACAAGCCGGCUGAAGCAGCCCCCACCUCUGCUGCAGAGCUCAGACUCAGGGAACAGGCACUGAGGGACAGAGAGAAGGCGCUGAAGGAGCGUGAAGAGAGACUGGAGCAAAGAGAGCAGGAGCUCUGUGUUCGUGAGGGAUUGUCAAAUGAGAAGCUUGCAAGGGCAGAGAGUUUACUGAAGAAUUGCAACCGUCUACAGCAGCAGAGGGACCUGGCACCAUUCCAUGGCAAAGACAUAGAUGUGGAGAGCCUCUCCCCUGGCAAGAAGAAGGUCCACUUUGCUGGUGAGAGCAAAGAGAACCAGCGACCUGAUAGUCGCCAGAGUGUGACGUCCCAGGAGCUGAUGCUGAGGAGGCUGCAGGCGGCCAAUCUGCGUGCUCAAACACUGAACGAAGUGGAAAAGGCCUGUCAGUUCAAGAGCAGACAGAUCCUCGGCAUCCGCUGAUCGAACAGAUAUCAUUGGUGGUCUUGAAACUAAAGACUAAGAGUCAUAAUAAGUGGAUGUAAAUGAAGACUUAUUUAUAUGAUAAUUGAGUAGCUGUGACAGUAGUGAAGUCAAAUGAUUCAAUCCAGUUUAUGCUAAUGCUGUUGCUUUGUAGUGUCACAAGUUUACUUAGUUUGACAGUUUGAUGUGUGAAUGUGUUAAUUUUAUUGGCAGCUGUCGUGAUUGUGAAUGUACUGUGUAGCCCAUCUGCGCUGUAUGUAUAUAUAUGUAAGUCAAGUUUUCUUUUAUGACUUGUAUCUGUAAGAAGUGAUAAUGGUGUGAAAAACAACUCCUGAGCCUGUGAUAGCAAUGAACAUGUAAACUAUGCAAAUUUAUUUUCCUUUACAGUACAUUUUUUGUUGAAAAACUAUUGAUGGUAGUAAUAAAUUAUUAUGAUAAAACAGCUUUAUUCAUCCUGAAGGAAAGUGUUGUGCCAUACUGUCUGUGCACACUGUAAAAUAUAUAUUAAAUACAGAGUCUUUUGCACAUGCACAGUAAAAUUAAAUAUGAAGUACAACUAGUGUUUUUUAGUUUGAUAUAAAAUAAAGUCAAGUAGUUUUUCAUUUACAUUACAAUUAUGGCACAUCGGCAUAUUUUAAUCAAGACGGAUAGUUCCCACAAGGGGUCAUCAGUUUCCCAUGAAGUCAGCCACUGCAUUGAGAGUCUCCUGAUUAUAGCCAACACCGGCAAUACAGAACACCUGAAAGUACUUUGUUCUUGAUUAAAGGCGGAUUAGAAGACAUAAUUAGCAAGGACAUUGUUGUAUUGAUGUUUCGUUAAUUAAUGGGCAUUCAGUUUAAAUUAAUUAAAUGGAAAUGACAUGUUUUGAAUAAUAGGUUUCCACUAUGACCGGUGUAGUUAUUUUCUAAAUGUUUUUUGUCAAAGAUAUAACUACGUUUGGCUUAUUCCAUUAAAAUGAUUGCGUUUCUUUUGUUCUUA